CCUCUUCCUUCCAAUUAAGUUCACUAGAAAAGAUAAUACGCCGCGGUUUCGGGAGAGGCUCAAGAGGAUUUUGCAGUCGCCCUUUUUUGCGAUCUUGGUGAGAAUUAAGAAGUUGACGGGUCUCUCUUCGCUAUUUCGUUACUGGGGACAAGUCGUGGAUUGAAUAAUUCUCUGUUGUCAAUGAAACAAGUACUGUGCAGUAUUUCUUGGGGGGUAGAUGAGAAUCUGAGUUGAUAAGAUAAAAAAGAGGAGACUUGUGAAUUGAGAGAAAGCGAGGCAUAUAAUAAAAGAUGAGGUUGAUAAAUGUGGCGACUUGUAAUCUGAAUCAAUGGGCUAUGGAUUUUGAUUGCAAUAUGAAGAAUAUUAAGGAAUCUAUUUCUAAGGCUAAAGAAGUUGGAGCUGUAAUCAGGCUUGGCCCUGAGCUCGAAAUCACUGGCUAUGGCUGUGAGGACCAUUUCUUGGAAUUGGAUACCGUCACUCAUGCGUGGGAGUGCUUAGCAGAGCUCUUGCUUGGUGAUUGGACAGAUGGCAUAUUAUGCAGCUUUGGCAUGCCUGUUAUUAAGGGCUCAGAGCGUUACAACUGUCAAAUUCUAUGUUUGAACAGAAAAAUAGUAAUGAUACGUCCCAAAAUGUGGCUAGCAAAUGACGGCAACUAUAGGGAACUCAGAUGGUUUACGGCAUGGAAGCAGAAAGAUUAUCUCGAGGACUUUUUACUGCCUGCUGAAGUCUCUGAUGCAUUGAUGCAGACAACAGUACCAUUUGGCUAUGGUUAUGUUCAGUUUCUGGACACAGCUGUUGCAGCUGAAGUUUGUGAGGAACUUUUUAGUCCCAUGCCUCCUCAUGCUGAGUUGACAUUGAAUGGAGUUGAAGUAUUUAUGAAUGCCAGUGGAAGUCAUCAUCAAUUACGAAAACUUGAUCUUCGGCUUCGUGCAUUCAUAGGUGCUACACAUACUCGUGGAGGAGUUUACAUGUACAGUAAUCACCAAGGAUGUGAUGGUGGCCGCCUCUGUUAUGAUGGUUGUUCUUGUGUUGUUGUUAAUGGAGAUGUGGUUGCCCAAGGAUCACAAUUUUCACUCAAGGAUGUGGAAUUGGUAGUUGCUCAAAUAGAUUUAGAUGCGGUUGCUAGUCUUAGAGGAUCUAUAAGCAGUUUUCAAGAGCAAGCUAGCUGCAAAAAGAAAAUUUCCUCAGUACCAGUACCUUUCAAACUUUGCCAAUCUUUUAACCUCCAAAUGUCAUUGUCAAGUCCACUUAAGAUUAGAUAUCACUCUCCUGAAGAGGAAAUUGCUUUUGGGCCUAGUUGCUGGUUGUGGGAUUAUUUGAGGAGAAGUGGUGCUUCGGGAUUUUUGCUUCCACUUUCUGGUGGGGCUGAUAGCUCUUCAGUUGCUGCUAUAGUUGGUUGCAUGUGCCAGCUGGUAGUGCAAGAAAUCGAAAACAAUGAUGAACAAGUCAAAGCUGAUGCGAUACGGAUUGGACAUUACACCGAUGGACAGUUUCCGACUGACAGCAAGGAAUUUGCUAAACGUAUAUUCUAUACAGUUUUCAUGGGAUCUGAGAAUAGUUCUGAAGCCACAAAAGCACGGGCCAAAGUGCUGGCAGAUGAAAUUGGAUCAUGGCAUCUUGAUGUUUCUAUAGAUGGGGUGGUCUCUGCACUACUUUCUUUGUUUCAAACUCUAACUGGAAAGCGACCACGUUACAAGGUAGAUGGAGGGUCUAACAUUGAAAACUUAGGUCUGCAAAACAUUCAAGCUCGAAUUAGAAUGGUCCUAGCAUUCAUGUUGGCAUCACUUUUGCCUUGGGUUCAUAGCAAAUCGGGUUUCUAUCUGGUUUUGGGAAGCUCCAAUGUUGAUGAAGGACUGCGUGGUUAUCUGACGAAGUACGAUUGUAGCUCAGCAGAUAUAAAUCCAAUUGGGAGUAUCAGCAAGGCAGACCUUCGAACAUUUCUGAAAUGGGCUGCCAUUCAUCUUGGUUUUUCGUCACUUGCAGAAAUUGAGGCUGCUCCCCCUACUGCUGAAUUGGAGCCAAUACGGGCCAAUUACAGUCAGUUGGAUGAAGUGGAUAUGGGAAUGACAUAUGAGGAACUGUCGGUAUAUGGAAGGUUGCGUAAGAUCUUCCGAUGUGGUCCUGUAUCCAUGUUUAAGAAUCUCUGUUAUAAAUGGGGUGCAAAGCUAACUCCCGUAGAGGUGGCUGAGAAAGUGAAGCAUUUCUUCAAGUACUAUUCCAUUAACAGACACAAAAUGACUGUACUGACACCAUCUUAUCAUGCUGAGAGUUAUUCACCAGAGGACAAUAGAUUUGAUCUUCGCCAAUUUUUAUAUAAUGCAAGAUGGCCAUAUCAAUUUCGCAAAAUUGAUGAGCUUGCACGUGAUCUUGAUGGUGAUAAAGUUGCAAUAACGAAGUCAACCGACCAGGAGAAAGCAGAUGGAACCACAAAUGGGGGUAUGGGUGUUGUGGCAGCAGGAUCAGGAGAUCCAAGAGCUGGCUUUUAGUUGUGGUUUAUCUUGAACGAACUGGUCAACUUUGUUGCGCCAGAUCCUUGGUGCUUUCUCCUUUCCUUUCCUUUAUAUCGCUUAAUGCCUAAUCUGGUAUCCAGUUUAAGUCCGUUAACAUUUAAUCACGCACAAAAUGCAAUCUAACAUUUGACAUUCAUUUCAAUGUAAACAAUUCUUCCUGUCCAGCUCAAUUAAGUGCGAUUUGAAAUUUUUUCGACCAA